GACAGAUGAGAGCCAAUAGCGCGCGACAUCCUGCUAAAGAAAAACGAGACAAGGAACCAAAACGGAGGGUAGUAACUCACCCGCGCGGGCGACACAGUCUGCAACAAAGCCUCCCAGAAAAGUGGAAGACAGCACAUAUCCUCCUCCUGCUACUGAGUGUAUAAACCGUCUCUGUGUUAUCAGCCGGUGUGUUGCAGACCAGUAAGGCCGAUGGACACCAGAAGCACCACUGAAGAGAAAGCUGUCCAACGAUCUAAGUCCUUCAGCUUUAAGACUCAAAAGGAGGUGUGUGCAUCAUGCGAGAAGACGGUCUACCCAAUGGAAAGACUGGUUGCCAACAACCUGGUCUUCCAUUCAACUUGCUUCUGCUGCAAGCACUGCAACGCCAAACUCAGCCUUGGCACCUACGCAGCUCUCCAAGGUGAAUUUUACUGCAAACCCCACUUCCAGCAGCUGUUCAAAAACAAGGGCAACUAUGACGAGGGCUUUGGACGAAAGCAGCACAAAGAGCUCUGGGCCUCCAAGGAGACAAAUAAUAUAACAAAGACAGCAUAAUCACGUCUGCCUGUGAUCCGUCCCAUCCCAGCUCUGCCUCCUCCUAACACCUCCAGUGCAUCACGAUGAACACAUGCCUCAUAUGCUGGGGCUCUGUUAAGUCACCCACGCACUCACUCGCUUUUUAAAUGCCAUCAGAACAGACACAUGCACAAACAGCUAGGAAAUGACUGGCCAGUUUUAAUCCAUGCAGCUUAAACAUAUUUUUGGGGUGUGUUUUAGUUUCAGUUUUAAUUGGUAUCUUUAUUUUCUUAUUUGGAAUUAUUAGAUGACUGUGACCAAAAUCUUUCUAUUGUAUGGGGAGUGUAAUUGUUUUUUAUUUUUAUUUUUUUAUUCCUUUUAAUAAUUUGCACCCUCUCUUUUUAGACUUAAAUAAAACUGUAUGCUUAGGCAAACAUCAGAGGGGUCGCAGAGCAUCCAUGUUUUGCAGUAGAGCAUACACUGAGGUCAGUUUUCACCCAAGGAUUUAAAAAAAAAUCUUACAUACUGUAUUUCCCUCAUUUUAAAAGAUUACAAAUUAAAAUAAUAGUCCUCAGUAUUGUGACUCUGCUGUCAGAGACAAUUUUGUCAGUUUGUCAUGUUCCGUAUAUUUGAGGAAGAAACAGGGUACAGAGUACUGUAAAAUAAUCGCACACAUCAGCAACAGCUCACCUCUCGUGUUUGGAUUUCUGUGUUUAUUGUCGUUCUCUUCGUUCCAUGGUUUAUUGUUAUUUUAAGGGCCAGUGUGAGUCUUAUCUUUGCAUGUUGGUAUGACUGGGUCUUAAUAGCCUUAUCUGAUGACUUCAGUAGCAGUGCUUUGUAUACUGUCUGUGCAUAGAGCUGUAGUAUGUGAUUAGUGUAUGUUGCCCACCAUGCUGUACUCUCGUCUUGCACGCACACACACGAUCACCUGACCAGAUGUUGAUAAUCACUGAGAAACCUGAGGCCUCGUCCAUAAACAUCCCUCAGUCUCGUUGUGUGAAACAUUUUAAGAGGAGCUGCAAAUGUGUGGUUAAACUGAUUACCACAGUUACAGUCCUGUGCCACGAUUAGGGGUGUAGAUGGAUGGAGUUUAAACCUCACAGAAAACCCUCAGUUUGUUCCCUUCUCAGUUAUUGGCAUCUUGUGAGGAUAAUUCUCGUAUGAAUUUGAGUGUUUUUCCGUAACUGGAGAGUUUAUGGGGACACACACAGAUCCAAUCCAAACAUAGUUACUUGAACACCCAUUGUUAUUAGCCCCAGUCCCUUCUAGGUUUCCUCUUUAAAUAAACGCCUUCCUGUUCUUAUCUCCUGAUGUAUUAGGGAAAUAUAUCUUAACACUGGGAUCGGUUUCUUAAUAUUGAAUUUAAGUGACUGAAGGGUUUGUCACAGUAUUGCUCCUCUGAGGUUCUCCUGCAAAACCCAGUGCAGAGCUCCCCCUGUUGGGGAACGUGUGACAGUGGUGUCUAGUGUGAGAGCCUUUGUCCACACAGCCUUUGUUUGUGAACUUCUCAACAUCGCCUUUAUUCUAUACAGUUAUUGAAUACGUUGCCUCAGAAUUUCAGUCACUUUUGAUCUAAUUUAAUUGCAGCACCUAAGACAAAAUAAUUGAGUUAGACUAUUUCUGCAUCUAUGAUUUCAUUCUAAUCAAAGAAUGAGUCUAAAGCCAUUCUGAUAUCUCAUUUUUGAAAAUGUCUGAAUACCACUGAAACUUGAAUGACAAAAUACUUUCUGUGACUUAAGGUUUACUGUGAAGUUGAGCAUGCUGUGCAGAGUAGAAAGCUAAAGUAGACAGAUUGAUAUUUGCUCAUUGUUAAUAGAGGAGCCUUAGAAAUAAAUAGCUGUCCAUAUUUCUUUUUAAAACAAUACUUUUGAGUGCACAAAUCUUUUCAAGAAGUCUCUUGUUCAUGCCUUUUUUAAAAAGACGUGCUUACGUCUGAGUCUCACUCUUUUACAUAUAACUCAACCAGCAGCCUUUUUUUUUAAUUCACAUAUAAUGUAUAAUACUUCUAAUUUUGUGUGGCAAAGUCUAGUUUCCUUUUUUAUUUUACAAUGGUCCUCUGGAUCUUUGACAAUUCUUUCAAAUCAGGAGUAUUGUAUCUACAAAUGUUGUCUUUGUUAUUUUAUGUUAGCAGUUUGCCAAGGUACAACUGCAAUAUUUGUGAAUUCAAUUGAAGUGACAAGGUACACUUUACACUGGUGCCAAGAGGCUCAGGUGAACGCAGUGUGAUGUGUUAAAUGUUCAGCCUGUGAGUCAUGUAAUUUUGUGCUAAACUUGAUGUGGUCUUACUUUGCAGUGCUGUUGUCAGAGACAUUUUAAAUGUAUGCAUCUUUGAAAACGUAUUCUGUAUUACAGACUUAACCUGUGGAUUGAUGUGGCCUUACAACAAAAGGACACUUGGACUGUGUUUUCAGUCUUUCUCCUCUACUUUCCAUUCUCUCUACUGCCUAGCUCUGGUAUGGAACAUUUAAAAUGUUAGCACCCCCUUGCUACGCCAGUACACAUGAACAUUUUGUGCAUUUUUUUACAUGCUUUUGGAGAAAAAUAAAUAAAUAAA